AUGAAUCCAUUUCCAGCUAUGAUGUUAGCUAGUUCAACUACAUCUCAGCCAAAAAAGCAUGGUGGAGGAAAAGGUAGACAUUAUCUUACAGAGUAUAUUAUUACUACUGAUGAAUAUGUCAAUCCACAAAAGCCCAAUGAUAAAUAUUGCUAUUGCUUGGCCUGUCAUGAAAUAAAUUCAGAAAAA